UGUAUAAUAGUACACAGCAUUUCGUAAUCGAUGGUUCGUGCUCUGAAAACUCUUAUCGCUUUCAUACGUCAGUUGCAUGUUCAUGACGUCAGUCGUAUACAGUGCAUGCUAGUGCUUGUAGUGUGUUGUCAACUUGUUGUUAUCCUAGUCCUAGCUAAUACGUCGCCAUUCGCCUAGUUCAAAAGGAAUGAACAUGGGCAAACUACAUUUCUAUUGGAUCACUUUACCUAUAAUAAUCUUUCAUCAAGCUGUACUGGCUAAUAAUUGCAUCCCUCGUCAUUACGGCAAAAGCAGCUUCGUGUGUGUGUGCAAUGCUACUUACUGUGACAGUGCACCGAUUGUUGGCGAUCUAGCGGCAGGUCAGGCUACUUUGAUCACAUCCACUCGUGCAGACGCCCGCUUUCGAGUAACUAACCUGACUUUCGCGGGGUUUUCAAAUUCACUUCUUGCCGACGAAAUAUUUAUUGACGCUUCGGUUCAAUACCAAAAAAUUAUGGGUUUCGGUGGAGCUUUUACCGACGCCAGUGGAAUUAAUAUUGCGAAACUAUCAGUUUUGGCUCAGCAAAAUUUACUUAAGUCAUAUUUUAGCACUGACGGAAUAGAGUACGGACUCGGCAGAGUUCCCAUAGGUGGAAGUGAUUUUUCUACACGGGCUUACACCUAUGAUGAUUUUCCUGGAGAUGAUAGUCUGUCAAACUUUUCCCUCACCAGAGAAGAUCUUUUCUUCAAGAUUCCAUAUAUUUCAUGGGCCCAAAGCUUAAGUUCCAAACCUAUUAAGCUAUUUGCUAGUCCAUGGAGUGCCCCGGCAUGGAUGAAGAGUAACGGUAAACUCUACGGAAAAGGGUACCUUCUUCAAGAAUACUACCAAGUUUGGGCAGAUUACUUUAUCAGAUUUUUUGAAGAGUACAAAACACACAAUUUGACUUUUUUCGCCGUUUCGCCUCAAAAUGAACCAAUGGAUGGAAAUAUCCCAGAUUUUCCUUUCAACUGUAUGGGCUGGACCGCAGAACAACAAUCUAAUUUUAUCGGCCUUAAUCUUGGACCUACGUUGGAGACAAAAGGAUUUGCAUCUAUCAAAAUCAUGGUUAUGGAUGAUCAACGUAUAUUACUUCCGAAAUGGGCCGAGACCGUUCUGGCUCAUCCGGAGGCAAAGAAAUAUGUUGCAGGAGUGGCUGUUCAUUGGUAUGGUGACCUCCUGUCGCCACCAAUGGCUCUUACCAGUUUCCAUGAAAAGUUUCCAAAUCAUUUUAUCCUAGCCACCGAAGCUUGUGAAGGUGAUAAACCGUGGCAAAAAGCUGUAAGUCUCGGAUCAUGGGAACGACUCGAAUCCUACGCUCACAAUAUAAUAGAGGAUCUUAAUCACUGGGUUACUGGUUGGGUUGACUGGAAUCUUGUAUUGGACGAAAAAGGAGGUCCCAACUGGUCUGGAAACUUUGUCGACUCACCCAUUAUCAUUAACAACAUUCUCGACGAAUUCUACAAACAACCAAUGUAUUAUGGAAUGGGGCAUUUCUCCAAGUACAUCCCAGAAGAUUCAGUCAGGAUUGGUGUGACCGUUAUUGACGGAUCAGAUUUGUUUGGAACGGCCUUCUUACGUCCAGAUGGAAAGCGCACAAUAGUUAUCCUCAAUCGAUCAAAAGAGGAUAAGCUCAUUAGGUUGGUCGACCAUGAUCGUGGUUCUUUGGAGAUCACUUGCCCAACUCGCUCUUUAAGUACGAUGGUGUAUGGUUAAAACUGCACAUUUUCUGCGCAUAUUUUCUAAUAAUUAAAAAAAUAUGUAUAAAUGCAUAUAAAUAAAACGUAAAUAAAGUAAUACAAAAGUUUUUGAAC